UUUGAAUAAUGACUAAAAUUAUCUUUGUGAUCCUGGCAAAUAAUCUAUUCAUUAAAAAGCAAAACCUGCGAAGCCAUACGAAACUUCGCGUCUUCAGUGGGAUAUGCCUGAUUGGAGUAAGACAAAAGCCAGCAUCAGCUGAUACAAUUUGCUUAAUCGCAGUUCUGGUUGAGGGCAUGCUACAUCGCACGCGUUAGCAUAUUCGCUUUUUGGAGUUUCGAUUGAAGAAGUUACGAAUUAUUUGGGACGGCAGACUGGAAUGGGACGCAUGAAUAUAUCAAGGAAUCUUGUGAGCCAGUCGAAUUUCUCAACCAGCUAAAUACAUAAUACAAAACAUGUGUAAAGGGAAGAGAACAAACGGCCUUUGCUUCUC